AUGUGUGAAAAAGUUUCAAUUAGAGAAACAGAAACGGCAAAACGUCUUUGGUCUAGCCUUCUAGAUGAAGUAACAAACAAAGCUAAAGUUGGUCUGUCGGACUCCAAAAAUCUUGUCGUAUUUGGUGACGAUCAGUGCGGAAAAUCAACUUUGAUUUGUCGGCUUCAAGGCAAUGAAGACAAGCGGGAAGGAUUUGGUCUGGAAUAUGAUAUAAUCGAGGUGAAAGAUGAAGUUAAAGAUGUUUCCGCAAACCUGAGCGUCUCCGUUAUAGAUGGAAACCCUAUUCAAAGCUGUCUGCUAAAAUAUGUGAUGACCGAGGACUCGUUCAACGACCAAAUGGCUAUUAUAGUCGUCAGCAUAAAUGAACCUUGGAAAAUAAUUGAAGCUUUGGAAAAAUGGGCAGAAAUACUUAAUAAACACAUUAAUAAACUAAAACUGUCAAAAGAAAUGAUAAAAGCUUGCAAAUCAAGGAUUUCAAAAGAAUUUUAUGGCUACGCUGAGCCAGAAGCGUCAACAAAUGAUAUUAUUAAUCCAGUAAAUUUAGCUUCACUGUCCACUAUGUAUGCAACAUCUCAAGAAACUACCCCUCAGUUAUCAUUUUUAAAUGAUAAUGAGUCGUUUAUUGAAGAAAUGUACGAGGAUAAUGUAUUAAAUAACAAUCUUGGUGUACCGUUAAUCGUUGUUGUAACAAAGACGGACUUAAUGAAGAUAAUGAUCAAAGAAAAUCAAUAUUCAGAAGAACAUUUUGAUUUUAUACAAAUGCAUAUACGACGAUUUUGUCUUUCGUAUGGAGCAGCAUUAUUUUAUGUGUCAGUGAAAGAAGAUAAAAACUGUGAUUUACUAAAUCGUUACAUUCGGCAUCGUAUUUAUGGGUUUCCUUUUAGUCAAAGUGCGUAUAUAGUAGAAGGAGAUUGUAUUUUCAUUCCAGCAGGUUGGGAUAAUCAUAAAAGAUUAAUAUCCUAG